AUGGAUAUUGAAAAUAAAGUUAAAGCUUACAGAUUUGUAGCAUACUCAGCUAUUACAUUUUCUGUUGUUUCAAUUAUCAGUGUAUGCCUUACUUUACCAUUAAUAUAUAGCUAUGUUAGUAGUGUAAAAUAUCAAAUGACAAAUGAAAUAAAUCUUUGCCAGGGUUCUGCCAAAGAUAUAUGGGCUGAAGUUAAAGAACUUAAAAAAAUGCCAAUAAUAUUUGGUAAUCGUACUUCUCGUCAAGCAGGAUAUGGAGUUGAUAAUGAAGAUUUACUACCAAAAGGAAAAUGUGAAGCAUGUUGUUUACCUGGAAAACCAGGUCCAGCAGGACCACAAGGAAAACCAGGUAAACCAGGAAAACCUGGUGCACCAGGACUUCCAGGUGUUCCAGGAAGACCACCACAACAACCAUGUGAUGCAGUUACACCACCACCAUGUAAGCAAUGUCCUAGAGGACCACCUGGCCCACCAGGUCCAACUGGACCACCAGGAGAUCAAGGAAUACCUGGAUUACCAGGAAGACCAGGUAUUGAUGGACCACCAGGUGAAGCAGGACCAAAAGGUGCUCCAGGAGCACCAGGAGAAUCAGGACCAAUGGGAGAACCAGGACAACCAGGAAUUCCAGCUAUAGCAGAACCACUUGUUCCAGGAGAACCAGGAGCACCAGGUGAACCAGGUGUUCAAGGACCUCAAGGACCACCAGGACCUCCUGGAGCUCCAGGUGCUAAAGGACCACAAGGACCAAAAGGACCUCGUGGUAUUGAUGGACCACAAGGAGUUGAAGGAAAACCAGGUUUACCAGGACCUCAAGGACCACAAGGACCACCAGGAGAAAAAGGUAUUUGUCCAAAAUAUUGUGCUCUCGAUGGAGGAAUAUUCUUUGAAGAUGGAACUAGACGUUAA